AUGAGUGAAGAUGAGAUAGAAAUGAUAGAAGAUGAGGGCAAUGAAGGAGAACAGCAAGUAGAUGGAGAUGAAGGAGCUGGUCCUUUUGAGAAAAAGCAAAGGAAGAAGAAAUCCAGCAUAUGGGAUGAAAUGACAACAGUAGUGCUAGAUAAUGAUACGGUCAAAGUGAAGUGCAAUCAUUACAAAGAACUUUUUGCCAAGAGUGCAACCGGAGCCACAUCUCAGCAAAAGAGACACUUGAAUUCUUGCCUACAAUUGGGAAGCAAAGCAAAUAAAAGCAACAAGUGCUGUCAUUCACCGAAACCUCAAGUGAUGGUAUCACUUCCAUCACAAAUUUCUCGUAUGAUCAUGCCAAUUGUGUUGAAUUUUUGCAAUGUUCAUCCUCCUUAUACUGGAGUUAUUAUAGCUGAUGCUUUAAGUAAGUGCUUUAUUGAUUGGGGGAUUGAGAAUAAGGUUUCUAGCAUAACUGUUGAUAAUGCUUCAUACAAUGAUAGAAGGAUAAAGUACUUGAACAAUUCUGAAUCUAGACUUCUUGAAUUUGCCAAAAUUAAAAAACAGCUUCAGUUACCCUCUAGAAAGCUAAUUUUGAACUGUCCAACAAGGUGGAAUAGCACCUAUUUGAUGUUAGUUUCGGGUUUAGAGUUCAAGGAUAUCUUUCCAAGAUAUGCAAACAUUAACCCCGGAUUUCACUAUAUUCCUACUGAUUUUGAGUGGAUGAAAGUGGAAGAAGUGUGCAAAUUUCUAGAAAUAUUUCAUGAAAUCACUGAUAUGAUUUCCGAGUCCGAGUAUCCAACGGCUAACAUUUUUCUUAUGGAGCUCUAUAGGAUUAAAGAGCUUUUAAAUGAAAAAGUUCUUGACCCUUUUAAGCAUAUUUGGGCUAUGGCUGGAAGUAUGUCUGCUAAAUUUGAUAAGUAUUGGGGGGAAAGUAAUGUGCUACUAUCUUUGGGUGCAAUUUUGGAUCCGAGAUACAAAAUGUUUCUUAUUAAUCAUGCUUUUUCGGUGAUUUAUGGUAAGGAUGCUGCUCCUAGAUUCGCGGUUGAGACUAGAGACAUUCUUUAUGAGCUUUACAAUGAAUAUGUUGAUUGUCACAUUGUUUCCCAUUCUGAACAACAACAGAGGCAGGUUGUAAAAAGGAGACAAAAUAAAGGUUCUAGUUCUUCUAGUAAGAAACAGAAAAUGACUGGACCCGCCGUUUUAACUGGUAAAGAAAAGUUUCACAUGCAUGUGAGUGAAAUUGACAGGGAUCCACCAGAGAAAUCAGAUUUAGACAUUUAUUUAGAGGAAAGUAGGUAUACUUGUGAUGCAAAUGCAAAUCUGGAUGUUUUGGGUUGGUGA